AUGGUUGUUUUGAUUUCUGAAUUGACACCUAAAAAAAUUGAGCUAUUUGGAGAUGCAGUGGAUGCUUGGGUUCAGAUUGCGUGCCCCAGGUUAUCCAUUGACUGGGGUAAUGCAUUUAAGAAGCCAUUAUUGACAUCCUUUGAAGCUGAGAUUGCUCUUUGGGAUAUACCAGCGUGGUGGAAGAGGAAAUUGAAGUGCACAAAGAGUGAAGAUUGUUGUAAAUACGAAGAUGUGCAAGAGAGAGGAGAUAUAGGUGUGGAUUAUCCUAUGGACUAUUAUGUACAAGAUGGAGGUAAAUGA